AUGGCAUCUACCGAGAGACUUUAUGAAGUCUGGAUGCUUUACUGCACUAAGUAUCAGUAUUGGUUCAACAGAAAUAAUUAUAUCAAUUCUCAUAAUCUUGUGACAUCUUUGUUUGCUUCUCAGAGGGACCCAGACUACUUGAAGCUAUGGCUGGAGAGUUUCAUCAGCUCCUAUGAUAGAUGCCUGGACGUGGACUUUGAAAAGCCACCAUCAAGGCCAGAGGAUCCGCCCCCAGUAUUGAGUCUUCUCCCAGACAACAUCCUGCAGGUUUUGCGCCACCAGCUGCUGCAGUGUGUCCAAAAAGCCUCGGAUGGUCUGGAGCCUGAGCAGCAAAACCUGGCGCUACUGCUGCUCAAGUUCCUCAUCGUUGUCUGCAGGAACCUGUCCAAUGUGGAGGAGAUAGGCACCUGUUCCUACAUCAAUCAUAUCAUUGCCAUGACGACACUUUAUAUUCAACAGCUGAAGAGCAAUACCAAAGAGAAGGAGUUGGUGGACCAGAGCCAGGCAGAGGAGUUUGUCCGUCAUGCACUAGCAUUCUGCGAGAGCCUCUAUGACCCUUAUUGCAACUGGAGGCAUCGAAUCUGCGGGAAUCCACUAGGCACAGUCGAGAGAAGCAGACAGAAGUACAAAGCAGCCCCACUUACUGUGGAAUUUGUUCCCUUCUUUUACCAAUGUUUUCAAGAGAGCGAACACCUUAAAGAGAGCUUAAAAUGUUGUCUACUGCACCUUUUUGGUGCCAUAGUAGCUGGUGACCAGAGGAACGCACUGCUUGCCGUCUCUCCAGCCACCAUGGAGGUUUUGAUUCGGGUAUUGGUGGACUGCUCAAUGGGUAGUUUUUCCACAGGCGAGGGAGAGGACUGGGACAGUGAGGCGCCCGAUCGGAAAGCGUGCCUGACUUUGGGCUGUUUGAGAGUAGUGGUGCAGUGCCUCCUGGCCGCCAGCUCGGACCAGCGGCAAGUGGAAAUUGCCUCAGUGCUGGAAAACUACUUUAAGUUGCUCAACUCAGACCCAGCGGCUGUGGUUGCCACACGACAGCAAGAGCAGCAGCAAGCAAAAGGGCGAGUCCUGACACUGGGUAGGCACUGGGAGAGCCGUUUUGUGGCGCUGCAAGUACGAAUGCUAGACACAAUGAGGGACAUGUUCCUUUGUUCGGACAGGCCAGUUCUGCAAGCCAUCUUUCUCAACAGUAAUUGUUUUGAGCAUCUGACACGACUACUCCAGAACAGCAAGCUGGUUAACGCAAGGUGCACGGCGGCAGACAAGGACCAGAAAGAUAUAACCAACAACAGGUUACUGACAGGGGAGACAGACACUCAGGUGAUACGAGGACGGUUAGACUCGCUUGCUGUAGCAACGAUUAAAGCCCUAACCACAGUGAUGCAUAAAUCACCAGCUGCAAAGGAGGUGUUCAAGGAAAGGAUCGGUUAUAAUCACUUGUAUGAAAUUCUCGUUUCGCUCGGCCAGCCAUCUCGACACCUUCUUAAAGAGUUGAUGAACAUGGCAGUGGAGGGUGAACAUACAUCAGUGGGCCUUUUGGGAAUCAGCAAUGUGGAACCUUUGCUCCUGCUGGUCCAGUGGCUGCCAGAAUUGGACUCAUCCGAGUUGCAGAUUUUUGCUGCCGACUGGCUCUGUCGCCUCGUCUGCCUUAAUCGCCAGACACGUGCCAUCUGCGUCAAUGCCGCAAUGGUCUUGAGAGCACUGGCUGUUCUCGAGUGCCACCGGCAACUACACAGAGUGUGUGCAGAGAGCCUUUUGCGAUUAGUAGGCUGUCUUGGUUCCCAUUCAUUGAGUGCCAAGGAUCUCCUUAGGCUCCUGCACCUGCUUAGGCCUCCAGAAUCUAGCCAAGCGCACCCUUAUGUGGGUCCUGCUCUAAAAGCUCUCUUAGCUAUGGUACGUAAGCAGGGUCUGGAAAGCGCAAUGCAAUACUUUGAUCUUUCGCCCAGCAUGGCUGGCAUCGCAGUUCCAACGGUGCAGCGCUGGCCAGGCACUGCCUUCAGCUUCCUAGCCUGGUUGUCCCUGGACCAGGAUCAAUUGGGUCCAUUCAGCAAAGACAAGAGAAAACAGCUCUACAGUUUUUUCACCUCGGGUGGCACAGGGUUCGAGGCCUUUAUUAGCGCUGCGGGAGUGCUGGUGGUGGCUGUUUGCACAAAGAAGGAAUACGUCACAGUCAUGCUGCCUGACAACUGCUUCUGUGACUCUCUCUGGCACAGCAUUGGUGUGGUGCACGUACCAGGAAAAAGGCCAUUUGGGCAGAGUCUCGUAUACAUAUAUGUGGACGGACAGCAAAAGCUAUCUGCCCCCCUCAAGUACCCCACCAUGACAGAGCCGUUCACCUCCUGUUGCAUAGGCUCAGCAGGCCACAGGACCACCACUCCCCCGCCAUCCCAAAUACCUGACCCGCCCUUCUCAUCAACCACCUCGCCCAGCACACGCCCCUCGUUGGGGAGCAUCCUUUCACCACAGACCUGGGGGGUACUACUGAGUGGAAAGCCCGAGUCUGUGACAAAGCUCAUCUCGGCGGGGACGCAGGACAGCGAGUGGGGAAGCCCCACAUCUUUGCAGGGUCAGCUGGCAAGUGUCAUGGUAUUCCAUGAAGCCCUGCAGCCCAACCACAUUAAAGCCUUCUGUAGUGCUGGACCAAACUGUGUAUCUCCUUUAAAAGCGCUUGAGUCAGAACUCGGUGACCUUUCAAGCAAAUUGCUGCUACAUUAUUCACCAAAGGCGUGUCAAAAUCCUAUCUGUCUGGAUCUUUCUCCCAACAAACUGCAUGGGCGCCUGACUGGGAAGAAAGUUGUUAACUGGGACAUCAAGGAUAUGAUCAAUUGCGUAGGCGGGCUGCAAGUGUUGUUUCCAAUACUAGAGCAGCUGGCUCUCAUGACACCUGAUCAACAGAAUAAUGACGCUUCAACCGGUUCAGACUUCAUCACCCCAGAUGUAACUUCUCCCGGUGAUGGAGAAUGGGUCAUUCUUCCAUCUAAUAGGGCUUCAGAAGCACGCCUGGAGAAGAAUCUGGUGGCUACCUUACUUUUGGUGCUGAAACAUUUUCUGCAAAGACAUACUAUAAAUCAGGAGAAUCUGCUUCAUUCACACGGUGUUGCAACUCUUGGAGCUUUGCUUCAGAAGCUUCCAGGAGGACACAUCGAUGUGAAUGUCCUUGUGGCUAUGCAACUGCUAAUAGAGCAGGUGACAUAUGAGAAGAACCAGGGUCUGCUGCAACAACUUCACACACAUCUGCUGUUCAACUUUAACAUCUGGAACAAAGGAGACUUUCCUUUACGUAUUGGUCAUAUACAGUACAUGUCAACUGUCAUCAAAGACAACAGAAAGCUGUUUCGUAAAAAAUACGGAGUACGAUUCCUUUUGGACAUCAUACGCCUCUACUACGGGAAAAACAGCAAUAAAGAGAGUGACCUGAGUGAGGAUGACAUUCUUAACAUCCGGACAUCGAUCUGUGACCUCAUCAAGUACUACAUCAGCAAGGGCAUAUCCCAGGAAGAGAUGCAAAGCAUUAUUGGAUACAUCGCUGCCAUCGGGAAUGAAGAGCAGAUUUGCGGGCUAUUCGAGAUGUUACUCAGCCUCCUUCAAAGCAGUCCAUCCAGAGACCAACUCUUUCUGCUCCUCUUCGAGCCUGGAGCCGCUGACUCCUGCUACGCUCUUCUACUCAACAACAAACACUCCGACCGGCUUCGGGAGCUUGUCUUCAAGCUGUUUGAGCGCAUGUUGCGGUGCGACCGCAUCUAUGAGAAAAACAAGCAGCGGUUAAGACUGAGGGAGGCAGGUUACAGCGGCCUGUCGCUGCUUUUCACUGAUCUUCACAUCACGCCGACGCUCAUUCGUUGUCUCCUCAAUCAGGUCCUUCAUACAGAUCAAGUGGUGAACUACAAGGAUCUCAUGGCAUUGGUGCAGCUCACUCAUCGAACCGGACCCAGUGUACGGCUUCUUGUCUGCAAAAGGGUGUACCAGCUCCUCCAGUCCCAACAAGAUGCCGCUCACUUAAUUUCAAAGCAGCUGUGUUGGCAAGAUACACUGGCACGACUGUACCUGCGUGGUGAAGGCUCAAUGCCAUCGCGAGGUGCCGACACCGUCAGCACCAGCAGCCUGGACUUGAACCAAUCCAUCGGAAGCAAUAAUAACCGCCUGGAAUUGCCGCUACCCCGUAGAACAAGGGCGGGGAGUUCUGGCCGCUUGGACCGCCUAGAGGAUGACUGGAUGAGCAUAGGUGACACUCGCUCUGUAGACAGCAUGGAAAACAGCGAUGUCAUCUCACUACUGGAUACGCCGUCAUCUUCCGCUUCUGCUGAGCCACAUAUCCAAGUCAAGCCCUGGUCAGUUGGAAAAUCCGGGGGCUUGACGCUCGAUUUGUCUCACCUGCAAGCUUAUGAAGGCUUGGACAGUGGCAGCCAGACACCUGGAAGUAUGCCCAGCACGCCCUCUCCAAUAGAGGCACCAAAGCCUUUUCCAGGGAACUCUGGAAGUUUAGAUCAGACCGCUCCACAGACUGAGGACAGCUUCCUCUUCAGUGACAAUCUCUCACUGGGGGAGUCGUUUAAUAAUACCGAGCGGGCUGAAGAGGAAUUGUGCAGCAUGUUGCAGGAGAUAGUGCUAUGGGUGAUGUGGCGUGGAGUUGAAGGUUCAGACGAUUCAGCGUGGCAGGAGCGUGGCCAAGUCUUUUCAGCUCUCACCAAACUUGGAACUGCCAACGAGCUCCUACUACCUGUGGACCAAAUCAAACUCAGUCUGAUGGAACGUAUGCUGGAAUGGGCCGUGACUGACAACCGUGAGGCAUCAGCUGCCACAUUGCCUCAACACACGGAGAACGCGGUCCGGCUACUACACAUCGUGCAAGAUUUUCUACAAGCUGAAGGCUUGAUCAACCCAGCCUUGUGGACAGAGAAGGUGCUAGAGGAAACUGUGACACUGAUGGACUGCCUCAUGGUGUGGUACUCUGCUGGCACGCAGUGGUUCCAGCUCUCCCAAGUUGGACUCCGAUUGUUGCUAGGCUUCAUGGCCCAAGAGGAACCAGAGGUGUGCGCCUUAGCCACCGCCAAGCUCAAUUUUAUUCUACAAAUGAAGGAAAUAUCCAGUCAGGAUGAGGCUUGCUACCUGCUGGGGAAGGUUGAGUGCAUCCUGCGGCGCUCUGUCCAGGAAAAGACAGAGGAGAAAUACUCAUUCUUGGUUCCGCUGCUGCGAACACUCCUCUCCAAAGUUCACCGCAUCCUCUAUAUGGAGCUACACCUGCCCCAACUGCCCGACACCAACGGCAGCCCGUCUUUCUUUGAAGACUUCCAGAUAUACUGCAAUUCACCCGAGUGGCGUGUCUAUCUGGAUAAAUAUAUUAUUCCGUACAUGAAGCAGUAUGAAAUUGAGACCUUCAGUCAGGGUCAUGAGAGCAUGGCACUCUAUUGGAAGGAGUGCUAUGAGGCCUUCAUGGUCAGCCUGCACAGGAGAGAGCGAGAAAGGGGGGAGAGCAAGAUCUGCUUUCAGGAGCAGUUUGUCGAGCCCUUCUCCCGUCGAAGCCGCCAGGAGAACCUGAGGUACAACAGCAUGUUAAAGCAACAGCAUAGCCAGACCAGUGCCUCUAUCAGACAGUGGAAGGCAGCUCGGAGGGGCCUUGUUUGUGAAAGGGGGCCCUGGGCUGAAAGGCAUCUAAAGACGAUGCACUGGAAGCUCUCCAGCGCUGAGAACUUUUCCCGCAUGAGGCUAAAGUUGAUUCGUAAUUACAACUUUGACCCGUAUCGGGAGGCCAGUGCCCUGCGAGACAACCUCGGUGUUCAUCAGCAGUUUAUCAACCCGGAAUCUCUCCUGCUGGAGGCUGUGAAGCAGGUCAAAGUCACCAACCUGGAAGACGACAUUUUGGAGCUGCCAGAGGAUGACUUGGCAGCAGCAAAUAACCAAAUUGAAGCAGAGGAGGCAGGUCAAAAGGAGAAACUUAUUCUGUGGGAAGAUUGCCAGCUGGUGACAGUGGUUGAUGUAGUACCCGGCCGACUGGAACUCACCACCCAGCACAUCUAUUUCUACGACAGCAGCCAAGAGAAGGACGAAGGUGUGGGCCAUGACUUCAAAUGGCCCCUGAGUCAGAUCCGUGAGGUCCACCUAAGGCGAUAUAAUCUACGACGUUCCGCUCUGGAAAUAUUCCUUAUUGACCAAACCAACUACUUUCUCAACUUCAAGAAAGAGGCAAGAAAUAAGGUGUAUGACCGCAUGUUGCUACUGAGAUCCCUCAGUUUGUAUGGAACCCGGUCACCGCAAGAGCUCCUGAAGGCCUCUGGACUAACACAGAAAUGGGUCAACCGAGAGAUUUCCAACUUUGAUUACCUGAUGCAACUCAACACAAUAGCUGGCAGAACAUACAACGAUCUGGCCCAAUAUCCAGUGUUUCCCUGGAUUCUGGCAGACUACACUUCCGAAGAACUCGACCUUUCAGAUCCCCUGGUAUUCCGGGACUUAUCAAAACCUGUGGCAGUACAAAACACCCGCAAUGCUAAGGCUGUUAGGGAGAAGUAUGAAAGUUUUGAGGACCCAACGGGAACCGUUGACAAGUUCCAUUAUGGCACCCAUUAUUCAAGUGCCGCUGGGGUGAUGCACUACCUGAUCAGAGUUGAGCCCUUCACUUCCCUACACAUCCAACUACAGAGCGGACGGUUCGACUGUGCCGACCGCCAAUUCCACUCCAUUCCAGCUACAUGGCUGACUCUCAUGGACAACCCAAAUGAUGUCAAGGAGCUCAUCCCUGAGUUUUUCUAUUUCCCAGAGUUUCUUGAGAACCACAACGAUUUUGACCUGGGUCGCCGGCAGAUAACUAAAGAAAAAGUCAAUGAUGUCAUUCUGCCCAAAUGGGCCAAGUCCCCUGAGGACUUCAUUUAUAAACACCGCAAAGCCCUGGAGUCAGAAUAUGUGUCGGCGCACCUUAAUGAGUGGAUUGAUCUGAUUUUCGGUUACAAGCAGAGAGGUCCUGCGGCGGUGGAGGCCCUCAAUGUUUUCUACUACUGCACUUACGAGGGAGCUGUCGAUCUUGAUGCCAUCACUGAUGAAAAGGAACGGAAGGCCCUUGAAGGCAUGAUCAGCAACUUUGGGCAGACACCUUGCCAGCUACUCAAGGAGCCCCAUCCAAUUCGUCUUUCCCAGGAAGAUGUGGAGAAGAGGAAGGCUCUGCUUGACUCGUGCCCUAUGGUUUUGUUUGAACACCUCAGCAACCUAAAAUCCUUCUUUGUGGAGGGCAUCAGUGACAAUGUACCACUGGUUAAAGCUAUUGUUCCAAAGAAUCAGUCCCACUCCUUCAUCAGUCAAGGAAGUCCAGACACUAUGGUGACAGUAAGUCAAAACUGUCUUUUUGGGACCCAUGGGUGGCUGCCCUACAACAAGAGUAUCUCCAACUACUUCACCUUCAUUAAGGAUCCCACAGUGUCCAACUCCAAAACCCAGCGUUUUCUGUCAGGACCCUUCGCACCCGGCGUGGAAGUAACGACGGGGCUAUUUGUGGUCUCGCACGAUGGAAAAUUGCUCUUCAGUGGUGGACACUGGGACAACAGCCUCCGGGUUACUUCGCUUGUUAAGGGCAAGUCUGUUGGGCAGCACAUCAAACACAUGGAUAUCGUAACCUGCCUGUCAACUGACCACUGCGGGAUCCACCUCAUCUCCGGCUCCAGAGACACUACCUGCAUGGUGUGGCAGGUUCUACAGCAGGGUGGUGCUCCAGUAGGUCUGCAUCCUAAACCUGUUCAGGUCUUAUACGGCCACACGGAUGAGGUAGUCAGUGUCAGUAUCAGCACGGAGCUGGACAUGGCUGUGUCUGGAGCACGGGACGGAGUCGUGAUCAUCCACACCGUUCGCAGAGGUCAGUACGUGCGUUGCUUGCGACCGCCAAGCGACAGCUCCUUGCCUCUUUCCAUCCUCCACCUGGCUGUGUCCUGGGAAGGUCACCUGCUAGUCCACACUUGUCUGGAAGGCAAGGCAACACUAAAAGAUAAAAACGCCCUCCAUCUCUACUCUGUUAAUGGGAAGCACCUUUACAGUGAACAUCUGAAGGAGCAGGUGACCGACAUGUGCGUGUCAGGGGAGUUUGUCGUUACUGGAAGUGAGCAAGGCUACUUGUCCAUUCGAGAUCUCUACAGUCUGAAGCUGUGUGCGGAGCCCAUGGCCAUGCGGGUGCCCGUGCGCUGCGUCUCCGUCACCAAGGAACAGAGUCAGAUCCUGGUGGGCUUACAGGACGGCAAGCUGAUCAUCGUGGGCGUGGGCAAGCCGGCCGAGCUACGUUCAGGCCACAUCACACGGAAGCUGUGGGGCUCCACCAAGAGGCUGACCAGGAUCUCCUCGGGGGAGUCUGACCACGUCGUCUAG